AUGAACGUGGUUAUGCCUGCGGAAUACGGGAAUCAUUUCGGAUACUUCUUAGGCGACAGACCUAUACUCAUGAUCAGUGAUUUGGAUGUCAUUCAAAACAUAUUUCUCAAAAAUAGCAAACAAUUCAAAGACCGGCCAAAAUUCUUUCUCAACGCCAAACCAUUUGUGUCUUCAGUUCUCGCUCUGAGAGGAGAGCGUUGGCGUCACGUCCGUCGACUUAUGACUCCGUUUUUCACUCACCAUAAGAUCAGUUCUCAAGAGAUUACAGAUAUUGUAGUGAAUUCUGUGGACACUUGUAUUUUAAAAAUAAUGACACAAAAGGAACAAAUAGUUAAAGUCGAUGAUAGGAUGCAAUCAAUAACUUUGGAUAUCAUAUGCAAGUGUGGACUUAAUAUGUAUGACAAGGAUGUUCACGAAGAUAACAGCCAACUGAAGAGUGCGGCCAAAGAGUUCAUGGCUUCGGCUCACAAUUCGGUGUGUUUUUUAGAGAAAAAAUUAGAAAAGGAUGAAUUGACGGGAAAUGCACUCAUUCUUCUAUUGGCCGCUUAUGACACCACGUCUAUGGGACUGACGUAUGCUUUCUAUUGUUUAGCCAAACAUCAAGACAUUCAGAACACACUUCGCGAGGAAAUUGGUUUACAUGGAUAUCAAUCACGUUAUGUCGAUAUGAACACACUUCGCGAGGAAAUUGGUUUACAUGGAUAUCAAUCACGUUAUGUCGAUAUGGUAUGGAGCGAAUCAUUACGUCUGUUCCCACCCGUCGCUACCUUCGCCCAAAGGGAAGCCGCGGAAGAUGUGGUCUUAAAUGAUAUAUUUAUACAAAAGGGAACUAUAGUUCAACUGCCCAUUUGGCACAUCAAUCACGACCCGAACAUAUGGCCAGAGCCGCAUAAAUUCAAUCCGCAAAGGUUUUUACCAGAAAAUAGUGAUGGGGAUGAUAGAGCCCGGGCAGCAUUCCUGACGUUUGGUUUGGGGCCGCGAACCUGUAUGGGUAUAGAGUUGGCUCGACAUGAGGCCAGAUAUACGCUCUCAAAAAUGGUGCAAAAGUUCCGAAUCGAAACGUGCGCUCAAACACCCGAUCCAUUAGAGCUGAUCUGUCCCACAGAGAUCUUGUAUCCAAAAGAUGGUCUCUAUUUACGAUUUAUUCCACUAAAUGAAUAA